CCCCUCACUUGACAGGCAAUCUCGUCACCAUUCGGUAUUUUGACCAAAACUUCUUUUUAGUGACACUUCACGUGGCAGAAGCUUAUCAGUUGUUUAAAAAAAGACACAAUUCUGAGUAACUCAGCAUGUCCUCGUCCAACAACCCGCAGAACCCCCAAAACGUCGAGUCUCCGGACCAAAGCCGGCAGCAACAGUCCGGCGGCCCCGGACUCUGGAUGGCCCACGCCGAGUAUAUCAAAGGCGCAGCCGAGAGCACCAUUGGCAGCCUGACGGGCUCGCAAUCGUGGCGGACGUCGGGCGAGCAAGACAAGGCGCACGCGCGCGCCACCCUGCAGGCCGCCGUCGAGCACCGCGACCCGGCCAAGAGCGGCUACGGCCGGGCUGAGGAGAUUGCGGGUAAGCUGACGGGCUGCGAGGGCAUGAAGCAUGAGGGGGCCGCGAGCAAAAAUGCUGGGAAGCCGAGGAGCGAUUGAUGGGAGUGUCGGUUAGUCUGUUCAAAAUCUCACUGGGAGGUGGAGAGGUGCUCUGAAGGACGAACGAGCGGGGCUAGUGGAAAGGGUGAGUGGAAGGUUAAAAAGGCGGUUAUUCUCGGUGGGAUGAUUGCUGGGCUGGUGUAUAAUAUCUACGGUAGUUCCAUGUAUAAGCUAGGCAGCAGUCUUUGGGACGCAAGUGAUAUUUUCGGCUUUGCUGUGCCUCGCAGGGUCAACUGCGAACGGGAUGCACUGGGUCGUUGUUGUCCAGGGAGAACCAGGACGAGGAACGGG